CAGUUGAGUGUCGAGUCUCUCCACAGCAACGAUCCAAGGAACCAGAUUUUGCGUUGCAAAUUCCAAAGCUUGACACGUUGACAUGGGAAUCAUCGAACGGUGGAAGAGGAGGGACGAAACAAUACGUUUUGUUUGUUUGUUUUGAGGAGGAGAGGACCAAACAAGCCCUUAUCACAACUCUAUCUACCUCAGGCCCAAACCCAAGCCAACGCUCUCUCUUUUCACGUUCUGAUUCUGAUUCCGCGGCACAAUUCCCUUCGCCCCCUUCUCUAACUUGAUUGAGAUACAGAAGUUGCAAUCUUUGAAGGUUGGGUUGGCGAAUUUUGAUCUCGGGUCAACUUGAGGAGCUUUUAAUUUGAUUUUGAAUUGAGAAAUUAACGUAGAAGAUGAGUACAUUGGAUGCAACAAGGGCAGAACUUGGUCUUCUUGUUUUAUAUUUGGGUAAGGCUGAAACAAGGGACAAGAUAUGCAGGGCAAUUCAAUAUGGUUCCAAGUUUUUGAGUAAUGGGGAACCUGGUACCGCCCAGAAUGUAGACAAAUCAACCAGCUUGGCACGAAAAGUUUUCCGUUUAUUUAAGUUUGUCAAUGACCUACACGCUCUGAUAAGUCCAACACCACAGGGCACGCCCCUACCCCUAAUUCUGUUGGGAAAGUCUAAGAAUGCAUUACUCUCGACUUUCUUGUUUCUUGAUCAAUUUGUGUGGCUUGGCAGAUCAGGCAUCUACCAGAAUAAAGAACGCACUGAACUAAUUGGUCGGAUAUCUCUUUUCUGUUGGCUGGGUUCCUCAGUGUGUGGCACCUUGGUUGAGCUCGGGGAGCUGGGAAGACUCUCUGCGUCAAUGAAGAAGUUAGAGAAAGAACUCAAGAACAGCAAUAAAUAUGAUAAUGAGCAAUACCGUGCAAAACUCAAUAAGUCAAACGAAAGGACUCUGGCACUCAUCAAAGCUGGAAUGGAUAUAGUGGUAGCAGUUGGACUGCUUCAGUUGGCACCCAAGAAAGUCACUCCCCGCGUGACGGGGGCAUUUGGAUUUGCUUCAUCUCUGAUAUCGUGCUAUCAGUUACUUCCUGCCCCAGUCAAGUCUAAAACAUCGUGAAGAUGGAAGCGCGGAUGGGCUCUCUUGAUUUGUCACAGUCGUCAAAUAACUAUAUGAAUAUCAGGAAAUGUUGGUUUGUGUGAGCACUGACCAAUUUUCAUCAUAGUAGAAAACAAGGUCCUCGUUUGCAAUUGUUUUCAGAAACCGUUUUAUUGUGGAGAAUAUAUAUAUAUAUUUUGGUCCUUCAAAUCCUGCAACAUCAUAUUGGUCCAUUUAUAAAUACAUAAAUUUGUCCUCUGAAAGAUAUAUGCAAUAUCAAAUUGGUCCCUUCCUCAAUGUUUCAUGGUGUUAUCAAAUGGCCUUUCAAAUAACUUCAAAUUGGUCCUUGUAACAAUUGAAUCCAUUGAUUUUAUCAUCAGAGGAUUAUUUGAUGUUAAUACAUUAGGUGCCAAUGUAAUAUCGUGUUUAAU